CUGAGAGAGGAAUGCUUGCUCAGAAGCAGAAGAAAAUAGAAGUUGGAAGCAGGUUAUGCAUUAUCUGUUUGCACUGAGGAGCAACAAUGCAGUCAGCUCCGUGCAGUUUGUAAAAGCUUCAAAAACAGAACUUCCAAGGGGGGAGUAAAGAACCAACCAAUUCGUAUUCCAAUUAAACUAAAUAAGUGCAGACUUUCUUACUCAUAAUAUCUAUUUUCCCCAUUUCCUGGCUUAAAAAAAUUUUUUUUUCAGGUUGAUAUCUACAUUAAUGGAGAACAUGUUGAAACCUUUCAGGAAGAUCUCACCUUUACAUUGGACACAUUGACUCCACCAAACUUACCCAAGAUAGAUGAUGACCUAAAAGUGGCUCACUGACUUAUCGCUCAGAAGAUCUGGCCUAUACAAGAAGUGGGGACAAAGGCAACUCUGUGAAUAUAGAUAUGAAUUGCCAGGAACAUAUGCAUUAAACUUUGUUUUGAAAAAUUGCCUCGGUGGUGGAGGCACUGCCUCACUGAGAACUGACCCACAGGGCAAAGCACUUGGACAAAUGGUACUGGACUUUCAGAUAAAAUGUGUUCCUGAUUUAAAGUCAUUAGUAGAUGGAUAAAGAGUUUUGGCAUUGGGAAACUUAUUGUUUCUUAGUACAAGUGAAAAAUUGAAUCCAAGAGGACUUCCUUGGCAGUGAGCAGUGGAGAGAGCAGAGCUCCAAACACUCAUGUGCCUACUUUCCGCUCACCCUUGUGUCUCUGUGCUGAGACAUCGGAAGGGGUCUGUGAGGAAAAGCAUGUCCUUUGUCUACUCUGCAUUCUUGGAUGACUAUGCUGUCCAGGCAGAAAGGGAAAAGCGCCUCUGCCUUACUCUGCUUCACUGGUGAAUAAUACAGAUGAUAUUAGAGAUGGGGUUUCACGGUAUGAACCUUCAUACAAUGCUACAAUAUGUGUGGUUCUGCUUAAUCCUCAAAACUGCCCUCCUAAAUAUCACUGCCGUUUUAGAGCAAUGAAAUUGAGGCCUGUGGGUGGCAAACGACUUGUCAGAGUUCACGUGGGUGGAAAGGGUGGCACAGGCCUUAGGCUCGGGGUUUCUGCCCCCUUCCCCACACAUCGCAGCCUCCCCCACCUGUGAUUACUUCAUAGUAAGCUGUGUUCAUCUACAGGGGCGUGAUUCUCUACAACAUCAACUGUCAAUUACUUGUUGUGCUUAGUGUUCUUAGUUUAUGGUUUCCAAAACAACAACAACAAAACAACUAAAUCCUGUCUGGGUGGAGCUGCUGCCUUUAAUCUUUCUAAAGACUCUAGGCAGGAUUGAGGCCCUCAUAAUAAGGUGCUAGCUAGCCAGGAAGGAAGCUGGGGAAUCUUCCUCCCAGGAGGUAAUGGAAUUCUGCCAGAAAACACUCCAGGCAGCCCUGGGUUCUGAGGCUCCAUGAAAAGGUGUCUGCCCUUUUUCCUCUGCCUCCAGAGGGAAGUUCACAAAAGCUUUUAUUCUCCCUGUCUCCUUAGAGUUAGCUAGUUAAGGCCUGUUUGUGUCCAUGGGGCCAGAGCUAAGCGUAUGUAAAGUAGAUGGGCAGCUAAUUCAGAAGAAUAACGUGUUAAGACCAUCAUUAUUUAUGUGUCCAAUGAUGUAAUAAUCUAAAAAAAUCUAAGAAAAACAACAAAAUAAUCCUGAAGGAUGACAAUUCAAAAACAGGAGGUUUAGAAAGCCAGAUUUAUCAGGUUUAGGAGAAAGAAGUUCUAAGAGGUAAGAAGUCUGGGACACUGCACUUAGGUUCUGCUCUGACUCUGUGUCCUUGGGCAAGAUACCCAACACCUACCCCGCUCCUAUUUCUGUUUCUAAGGAGGGCAUAGGACUGCCGGCCACUCCAGUGCUGGGGCCUGCCUGGUGAGGGUAUACUAUUAACCAGCAGCGUAACCAGAUCUUUCUCUAUGGCGAUAAAAUAACUGACAUUAAAAAUUGGAAUCUAGCAAUUAUACUCCGAUAAAGAUGUUAAAAAGGGCUUCCCUGGUGGCGCAGUGGUUGAGAGAAUGCCUGCCGAUGCAGGGGACACGGGUUCGUGCCCCGGUCCGGGAAGAUCCCACAUGCUGCGGAGCGGGUGGGCCCGUGAGCCAUGGCCACUGAGCCUGUGUGUCCGGAGCCUGUGCUCCGCGAUGGGAGAGGCCACAGCGGUGAGAGGCCCAUGUACCACAAAAAAAAAAAAAAAAAAUUGGAAUCCGUGGCACUAGAGAAGCAGGGAAAUGAAGUCCAAAUUAAAAAGAAAAGCUGUGGAAUCUAAGUUUAGGGUUGGAUUUUUCACUGAGUUUCCAGGACUGGGCACAGUGCCAGGCAUAUGGCAGGCACUCAGUAAAUGAAUGGAUGACAGGUGGAUGAAGUGAUGGGAGGUCAGAUCUUCCCCAGUGGUGGUGGACCUGGGAGCAAAGAACCUGUGUUUCAGUCCUGAUCCACACUAACACGGUGACAGAGACUGAGCUAUAACCUCAAUUUCUUCCUGUGUAAAAUGGAGAGGACACCUCAUAGGGCUAUGAGGACUAAGUGAGAAAAUGCUUGUUAGUUCAGUGCCUAGUACAUAGGAGGCACAUGAUACUGUGAUCCUAUUCUCCACUCCAAAGACUUCUGAGGAAGAGGGUCUCCAGAGGUAAAAAGUCUUUAGGUAGGAAAUCCCUUAGCCUACCUGGCUUCUGCACGACUCCGCCACCCCUUGUCCCCGAAAACAGGAGCUCGAUCUCCUGGGACCUUCAGUGGGACCCAUGGCAGGAAGGUGAAGCCUGAAAGUUAGGUGGGCACUGUGAGCCCUGUUUCCAGGCUCCUCUGUGCGGAAACGCAGUGGAAUCUUGGCCUUCACCACUGGGAGACAUGGACCUGGGCCUGAGCAGAUGCUGUGGCUGUCUUGCGAGUUUCCAUGGGAUGGCAGGAAGGGGUGGUCGAGGAGAGAGUCCACAGUGCAUUGAUGUCCACGUGUUGACCAGGACUGCCACGGCUCUUUCACAAUCCCCUAGCCAGACCCAGCAACCCAGUUGAGUGCAUUUAAGGCAUUUGCACAUCGAAACUUGUUGAAUGGAACUAGGGGUCUCUCUACCAAGCCAGAUUCUCCCCUCUAUGAAUAAAUGACCCCUUCUGAUUUAGGAAGGAGAAAGUUAUGAUGUUAGAUUUCUCUUGGGCUUUUCCUUCUAAUAGCAAUUGUCUUCCCUUAGUUUGGCUCAAAUUGAUUCAGGCAGGAAAGUAUUAGGGGGAAUGUGAGCCUAUUAGUGUAUAUACAUAUUUGUAUGAAGAGUGCCUCUAGGGAGCCAUCAAAAAGUGACCGCUCACAGACAUACUUAUAUGCAACUCUGAGAACGUUGGGUAGUUGCAAGGGAAGUUUUCAACGAUUGCUGAAUAGGAGAGGGCAAUCAGUUCAGCCAACAAGAGCUCUUUUGACGCUGCAUUUUCCCAGUUGAAAAGCAGCCUAAUCCUCACUAACCCCUCCCAGCUUAAUAAAACUGAGGAGACUUCAGAAAUGGACAAAUGAAGACCUUCCACUGUCUCCUUCGGGCUCCUCAAAGCCGAAUUUCCCGCAGGCAAGCAAAGAGGGCAGCUUCAGGACAGUUUCAAUGAGAAAAAUUAAUUUAUUUAACAGCAUAACAUUCAGGCAAAAUAUUCUUCAAGAAAGAAACUAUGGGCACUCCCCACCACCAUUCAUUUCCCAAGACAGCAGAAUGCCUACAUCUUGAGCAAGGUACUCGGAUGCAUGCCUCAUAUUAAUCUCAUCUCCUUUUUUCUUUAAGUGACUCCCCAAAAUUAACCCCACCGGGAAAGAAAGAAAAAUGCAUAUCAGCUUGGUGCUGCCUGCCUCUCACAAAACGCCGUGGGGAUGCGGCCAUUGAGGAAGGUCUAUAGGACUAUAAUGUGAUUCGAAAUCGUUUGUGAAAUGAACAAAAGUCACCAGCAAGCGGGACGACUGGCAGAUAGGGGGCGGGAGCGAAGGCCGGGUCUCGGAGGAUAAUGGGGAGCCGGCCUCCUCCCCGUCUGGUCUCCAUGGUCCCCUUCAUCUUCCAGGAUGAAGAACCCAAUGCUGGAGGCGGUGUCACUAGUGCUGGAGAAGCUGCUCCUUAUCUCCAACUUCAAGCUCUUCAGUUCAGGCGCCCCGGGCGAAGACAAGGCAAGGAACACUUUCUAUGAGAUCAACUCUUUUCUCCGCGGCGACGUGCUGGAGGUGCCUCGGACCCACCUGACACACUAUGGCAUCUACCUGGGCGACAACCGUGUCGCCCAUAUGAUGCCCGACAUCCUGUUGGCCCUGACUGACGACAAGGAGCUCACGCAGAAGGUGGUCUCCAACAAGCGUCUCAUCCUGGGCGUCAUUGGCCGGGUGGCCAGCAUCCGCGUGGACACAGUGGAGGACUUCGCCUACGGAGCCGACAUCCUGGUCAAUCACCUGGAUAGGUCCCUCAAGAAGAAGGCGCUGCUCAACGAAGAGGUGGCGCGGAGGGCGGAGAAGCUGCUGGGCAUGACUCCCUACAGCCUCCUGUGGAACAACUGCGAGCACUUCGUCACCUACUGCAGGUUCGGCACCGCGAUCAGCCCCCAGGCCGACAAGGAUAUCUCGAAAUGCACGGUGAAAGAGUGUGGCAAUGCAGUACCGCUGCCAGCGAUGCCAGAGAGCUGCCCAGUUAUUGCUGCAGACGUCAUCAGGGUGUCCAUCCAGCGUAGUUGAAAUGACAAUGGGCAGGUGACUGGGAGGGUCACAGAAAAUCUGUCGCCGUGUGCUUGCAACUUUACCCAAGAAUUGCAGCUGGAAGGAAGGUGUCUAGAGUUCAUAUUUAAUCCGUAACACUGUAUAGUACAAAUUGUUGUGCCUUUAAAACAAGGAAGCAUGCUGUUUUCCCCCAUCUAUAAGCUGCAGAGAGUGAAUUCCCUUUGCUUAAGAUAAACUGCCAAAUGUUCCGUUAAGAAGACCUCCCUGGUAGAUCCCUUACUCCUGUGGCUGAGCUUCAGAGAAGUCUUUUCCUGGGUAUUCUGCAUUCCUUCUGUGUUGGCUUUAAUUCCCAUCUAGACUUCCCCAUUGUUAAGCAUCCUUUACACACUAGCCCCACAGGUGCGUUACAUUGUUUCUGGGUUCCCCAGAGAUCAAAACAAUUGGCUUUCAAGAAGAGCCAUUAAAUGUUGGAAGGUAAUUUUAUGGGUACUAUAAAAAGGGGGGAAAACUGUUAGAAUUUAAGAUGAUUAAAUUAGCUACAAACACAAAGGAAAAGCAAUGGAUUUUUAUUGCCUUUUGAAACCUCCUAACUUGUAAAAAUCAAAUUUUAAGCCGAGGUAUUGUUAGUGCGCACCCUUCACAAUGAAAACCUGGGCAAUCACGUGUGAGCUUCAGAUUAUACUCUUCAUGUUUAGAUAUUUGGGUACCAAAAGAAUCUAAGUCCAUAUAACCAAUUUUUUUAUUGCUCCACAUCUUAAUUUUUUGACCCAUAUGUGAAAAUCUUUCUCUCCUGUCGCAGAUCAUGAACGUAUAGUGCUUGUAUACAUCUGUGUAUAAAACUCCUUACAGAUUGUUUAUAAAGCCACAACAGUCUCGAUCUAGGGAUUAUUUUCUAAGCAAAAUAAAAAUACAGUUAGAGCACUCUGCAGUGAUUCAAGAAUCACAGCUUCAGUCCAUGCCUGUUUAGAAAUAAACUUCACCACAUUUACAAACACUGGCUCCAAAACUGUUCAAAAGGAAACACGUCAGAUUUACUUAGGACCCAAGCAAAUCAUUUCUCUAAGGAAAAACAGUAUUUCCCUCCCAUAAUUAGGAAUUACCCUUUCAUGGAACACAUAUAGCACUGUAUUAUACCUUUCUCCAAAAAAACAAAAAACACAGUACAAGUGCUUUUUAAAGGUAGUAAAAUGUUUAAUCAGCAUAAAUAACUAGUUGGAGUAGUUUUUCCUCUUUGGAAACUUGUAAGAUUUUAUGGACGUAGAGUAGUGCUUUAAUUGCUGUUGCUGCAUAGCGCCUCUUGUGAAACUUGAGUUUUUGUCUUCACUUUGAAUGGUCUAACAAUUUGACCACAGAGUAGAUUUCCCGGGGAAAAAAAAAAUCCCCAUCCCAAAUUUUCCAAUUUUUAAGGACUGUUUUUGAACAUGCCCUGAGAGAAGUAGGUCAUUAGUACUGAAGGAGGACUGGUUUCUAUUUUUUGGAAACAUAAGGAAUGACAAUUCUGGGACUGAUGGUUGAGUUCUCCAUAUAUAUAACUAUUAUCAGUAUAACAUGAGAGUUGCAAAGUUGUCUCACUUAAAUUUGUUUUUAUAAAAGCUCUCAAGAGCACUUUCCCUCAGGAAAACACUGCAACUAAUGUGAAAGUGAACUGGAAGAGAAUCUUUUUUUUUCUUUGUAGUGAUGCUCUUUACAAGUUUAGAAAUCAUAAAAUUAAACUAUU